UAAUGAACUACUGCCGUUCUUCAAAAACUAUGUCCUAGAAAAUGACACUGGGUUUUUUGAUUAUGGCCAGAAAUGGCAUGAUCAUAAUUAAAAUACCACUGGGAAUGCUUUGAAUAUAGAUCAAAAGACGAUGGCAGUGGGUCUUUAAUUACAAAAAAGAGAAGAAUUUAAUUUUUUGCUUGAUUAAAAUUAACCCUAGACCAAAUUGUAUGUUUACGAUACUCAUGCCUACAUACCCUACAAUUUUACAUUUUCUUGUCUCGGUCAUGGACAUUCUUUGAACUAAUCCCGCUUACUCAUCCAUUUCUUGAAAGUGCUUCUUACUCUAAACUUGUUCUUCCCUUGCUUUUAGAUGGAUGUAAUGAUGUGGAAGGACUGUUGCUCUCUCCAUUUAUUCUGAGUCAGUCAUAUCUGCGAUGGGGAGACGAGUGGCUGACCUGACCACUCCAGUUUCAGUUUUGUGCUACCCCGCUCUGGUUGGGGUCCGCGGCUGGAAGACAACAGGAGACAAAAAUCUGCUGCAGUCCUGGGGGCUUCAAUGCAGCGUUGGAGUUCAGACAUCUCCGGGGAUAAGCAAACCACUUACCCGUAUACCUGAAAUCCUCUCAGACAACAUCAGUCAAACAUCCAACGUCACCAGGGAAACUAAAAGUGCCAAAGAGAAAAAUUCUAUCUUAAAACAAAUAGCUGUGGAAUCCAAGAUUAAAAAAGAAGUGACUUUCAGAGCAGCCAGAGGUAAGGAUGUGGCACUCUGUCACGGCAACAGUGGUCAGACUUACUGCUAUGCCAGAGCAGUUAGGAGCAAUCCCACCAUCGCAGGGACUGUGACCAGAGACAGGCCUAAAGUCAAAUCGGCUGUUCGGUAUAUCAACGGCAGUGUGGUUGAUUCAGAGGCAAUUGGUGGAAUUAGUGAAGAGCACUAUGAAAUAGAGUCAGUACAGAAGGAAAACCUUUGUGGAAAAGGCGUGCAGCAUCAUUAUGCAGAUCAUUCUGGGAAGACGCUGGUAUUAUCUACUGGACGACCUUUUGCUCUGCCACCAAAAAUGUUCAAUGACUGUGUAGGGAGGCAGUGUGAAACUCCCAGAGUUGCCAUUCAUGGGGUGAGCAGCCCUACUUCUGAUGCAUACCCUCAAGAGAAACCAGUUAAGUGUCCCCUCAGCUCAUUCUCUGCCACUGCAAUUUUCCAGGACCAUCAAAUAGAAAAAAAACUCAACAUAAACCCACAAUUUUCAAUGAAAACCAGCAAAAUGACACAGGCAACAGUUAAUCAGGAGCUAAAGCUCAGUAAAACUCUUCAUCCUGCAUGCCCUGUGCAUUCUAAAGGCAAUCUAGCAAACGUCAGACAUGCUUCAGGUUUUCCAACAUCCAUUCAACCUGCAACUGUCCUACAAUCGAGAGCCACCACAGUCACAAAAGCUACAAUAGAAAGUAGACAGAAUGAUACCAGCAUUAAACAUUCUGCUAAACCACCACAGGAUCAUGAGAACCCUCUCCAAUUGAGUAUCGCCUUGACCCCUCAGGUACCUAAACCAAAUGACCCCCAUACUUCUGUUGAGCUUAUUAAAACAACACACUGUAGCUCUAGUCAAGAAUCUCAAAAUAUUACGACUUUUGAGAAGGUCUUUGGAAAAGAACAAACCUCACACAUGGCACCAACGCUCAAAGCUACAAAUGAACCUAAGAGCCAACAAAUGAAAUCACAGUCAACCAAUACGAUAGGCCACAUUUCCCAAUUUGAUCCACUUGAACAUCGAUUACUCAAAAGUACACAACUUCAUUCUACUCCUCUACCAGAUAAACCUCCAUCCAUCCCCUCAGAUGAGGUGUUUUUUGCUGACACUGCACAAAAGUCAUGUGAUUUACUUUGUUUGGCUCAGCCACCAAAAACAACGGCAAAACAUUUGGAUCAAGUUGUGUUUAUGAGUACUAACCACAAGACUUUGAACUUACAUAACUUAACUCAGGCUGCUUCCUCAAACUCUGAAUCAGCAGUUCAUGUUUCUGCAUGCCCUCCAACCCCAUCAAAUACAAUUUUUAACCCUAGAUCACCUGAAAGUUCAGCUCUCACCUCAGUUAUCACAUACAAGGAUUCGUCAUGCAAAAAUGCACUAGGUGGAACCAUCACCGUUAAUCUGACAGAAACGGCACCCUGUUCUGCUUCACAAGCGUCUCGACUCUCUAAAGAACCAAACAUCUCCUGGUUGACGGGUGAGGCAAAAAUAUUCAGCCUCAGUGAAGCCUCUGACAUCAACAAAAGUAAUGGCAUGCAAGAUGCAGACAUCCAAACUCAGGACAGUAAUGAAGCUGGUGUCAUCCCUGAUGAAGAAAGCGACUCAAAAACACCUCCCUCGCGAUUAUCUGGGCCACACGUUGUGUCAGAAGAUCACAACAUAGGCAGUGAUGCAAGCAGCCACAGCAAGAAGACAUUAAUUACUCCCAACGUCAAACUGUAUUCUACUAAAAACAAAGUAUGUGGUAAUCUAAUCAAUAACUUAGAGGCACAUGAGCCAGAAGAGCAUCAACAUGCAAAGCAUCCACAGGUCACUCACCCUCAGACUUUCAUUUCCCUAAUCAAGCCAAGCACCUCCUGUCUGCAGGGUUGUCUGAACACAAAACAACAAAGGCUUGAACAUUAUCAAGGAUGCACAGACACAAAUCACAAAGGACAGUGUGCAACAAGCUUGGCGGUAACAACAGCCCCGCAAACGGAAUCAAAUAGACAACAGUUUGCCCUGGGUGUUUCAGCCUGGCAUGCAAGUACUGAGACUCCGUCCAGUCUAGAUAGACAGACCCUUCCCAAUUACUCACCGCCUGCAGUUAAAGCUCAGAUUAACUGUGAACCUGUUGUCUCACUGACAAACACAGAGAUGCAAACCAGCAGCACUGGAAAUGAGCAAUCUUCAGCCUACAAAAGCUCAGAUUCAGAUGUUUCAAUAAUGACACAAGCACACAAAAGUCUGGACUGCUCUGUUACUGCGACUGUCAUUGGUGAAGGAGGUCACUCAACAGUAAGAUCAAUUGUGGGCUUAAAAACCAGUUCCGAAGUCCAGUCUAGUUCGACGAAGGCCCCCAGGAAGGAAAAUCCAGUUAAUUUCCCCACUCAACCAGACACUAAUGUGGCCCACGCCCAUCCAGCUAAGGCAGACCAGUUACUGCCACCUUUCCCACAGAGAUGGAAAUCUGCAACCCUGCAGCAGAAACUUGAGGCUGUGGAGGCCAGCUUGGAGGCCAACAAAGACCGGAUCAGCAUCCUGCUAAAUAUUAUCCAUGACCUGGAGAUGUGUCGUACCUCGUCCAGCUGUUGGCGAUGCUGUGAAAGCGGACAGGACCUCAAAAAGUGCUCUACGUGUCAGAAAACUGCUUGCAUCAUGUACAGUGUGGAGUAUGACUUCAGGCAGCAGGAGAGGCGCUUCCUGGAGAUUCUCAGCAACUCGGCAGCUGGCAACAAAGCCUCUUCUGUGCAUCCGUCCCAGCAUCCAAACUUUGGACUGCUCAGAAAAGCCUUCAUUAAGAACUUAACGAAGACAAAGCUGAAAAGCAAAAAGCUUUGUAAGAUGCUGCUCAAGUGGCUCCCGAGGAAAAUUCAGCAAGUGUAGCUGACACCUGUCCCCGGCAGAUAUGAACAUCUGUUUACAAAAGUGAUGCUUUGGAAAUUACAUUUUGUAUUAAUUUCUUAAAAAAUUACAUUUUAUCGGUUCAUCCUGACUAAAACUGAUUAAUUAUCAGUUUAGCUGGAGUUGCUGGUACCUACAGCAGGGGGAUAAGAAAAAACACUUUUGUAAAUAUAACAUGGCAUAACUAUAUAAGGGUGUUUAAAAUGUGUUUCUGUAAAAAAAAAAAAAGUGAAAUCCUGGCUAUGUAUCAUGGCCUCCAUAAAAAUAAAUAAAGUAAAAAAUGUUACGAAAAUAAAUUAUUGAAAUUAUGAGAAAAAAAGUUAACAAUUUUCAAGAUUAAAGCUAUAAUUUCAUACAUUCAAAUGUACUAGAUUAAACUCUAAAUUAAUGAAGCAAGAAGCUGUUUCUGAGAAAAAUAGCAACAAGUAUGACAGACGUAGAGCACAUUACAAGGGGGCACUACAGCAUUAGUUUCACAAAUAAGGAAAUAGUCUUUUAGUGAGCCAACAUUGUACUAUUGUAAUUAUAAACCUAUUUUCACACUGGUCUCGGCAGCAAGCGUUCAAUCGACCACUUCCAAUGAAAAGUCUAUGUAAAUGUGUGUGUAUGCGUGUUUUGAGCUUCUUCGUUCAAAACUCUCGCGAUCACGCGAAGCCUCACAUAUUUUUGAGACAAUUUUUGGGCUCCACAUAUAAAAUGUACAGGUAUUGAACGCACGUUAAACCAGGUCGAACUUUGACCAAUCAAGGACUUGGAUUUGGUAGUGACAAAUGGAUGACAUCCCCUUUGAAUAACUGAAGUGCCAACCUUUUGAAAAUUGAUAAUGGAAGAGAAAUUAAUAAUUGCAGUUAUUCCCCGGGUGCAGUUAUGUGACACUAAGUCUUUCAUAUAUCGGCGGUUUUAUUUGCACCUUAGACAUGUAGGGCCCUUGGUAGGGGGGG